AUGCAUGUCUAUGAUCAAUAUAUAUGCGAAACCCCUAAUGAAGACACUGUAUCUACCUAUCACCCAGAGCAACAUACAGUUUCCAACUGGGUCAGGCAAUAUUGCUCAAAAAAUCCUUGGUUAAUUCCUAUCAAUUCAGCGUUUAUUAAUGAUAACUUCAAUUUAUAUGGACUGAACAAUGUCAUUCAAAACUAUCAAAUCGCAUUAGCCAUUAUAAAGGAUAAAGAUCCUAGUGAUGAAAUAGGGAAUCUUGAAAAUUAUGAGGAUGACGCAAUAAAUUUGUAUCAUUUAAUACAUCAGCGUUAUUUAUUAACGCCUGGAAGUAUACAUUUAGUUCAAGAAAAAUAUAAUAAAUGUGAAUUUGGUAGAUGUCCGAGAGUUAAUUGUCAUCAUGCACGACUUAUACCAAUUGGCAUAUCUCCAAAGUGCAAAUUCGCAAACAUUAGAUUGUUUUGCUUUUCUUGCAAUGAUGUUUACAAUCCUCCACCAGAUAUUGUCUAUGAUGGAGCAGCUUUCGGUCCAUACUUCCCUAUGUUUUUUAAACAGGCAAGUACGUUCAAUGUCAAUAAUUGCAUCGCGAAAAUGAAAAAUUUGGAAAUUUCAUAUAUGGGAAUCCCUAUGGAAUCAAAUGAUUAUCUCAAUAGAUCUGCUGUUAUUCAUCCGAUGCCACCAGAAAAGAAAGAAGAAUCAAGCUCUUAA